GGGCGCGGGUGCGAUACCUGCAGCUAGAGGCGCGGUCUCCGAAGCCCGUCCCGCCGGCUGCAGCGCGGCCGCCGCCCCGGACUCCGCCGCAGGUCCGCUACCCACGUGAUCCGCGCACGCGCCCGGGUGGAGUACCCGCUAGGCCCGCCCUCGGAGGCGUAACCGACUGCGCGUGCGCACUGGUUGCCGCGGCGACCGGGAAAGCGUUGGACAGCCAACGACGCAGACAGUAGUAGUGGAGCUGAGUGGCGGGGCGAGGAGUGAGCAUGCACCCCGAGACCUCAGAGCCGCCAGUGAACAGCGCGGCGGAGCCCAGUCUGGAGGAGUCGGCAGGCGAUCACGGCGACGCGGGCCCAGGGGUUCGCAAAGAAGAAAUUAAUGAGACCAAGGAAACAUGUGUGGGUCCUUGCACAACAUCAUGCCCAAGCCAGCAGCAACCGAGUGGUGACAAUGGGUCAGAUGGCUUCUUCGCCCACUCAAGAGCUGGUAGAGAUGAUCGGGGCCCCAGGAUGACGAAACAGUUCCUUCAAAAGCUCUGCAAGCAGCACAAGCUGUAUAUCACCCCUGCCCUGAACGACACGCUGUAUUUGCAUUUUAAGGGCUUUGACCGCAUUGAGAACCUGGAGGAGUACACAGGCCUGCGCUGCCUCUGGCUGGAGUGCAAUGGCAUCCAGAGGAUCGAGAAUUUGCAGGCCCAGAGCGAGCUGCGCUGCCUCUUCCUGCAAGUGAACCUGUUGCACAAGAUCGAGAACCUGGAGCCGCUCCAGAAGCUGGACGCUCUCAACCUGAGCAACAACUACAUCAAGACCAUCGAGAACCUCUCCUGCCUCCCUGUCCUGAAUACGCUGCAAAUGGCCCACAACCACCUGGAGACGGUGGCAGACAUUGAGCACCUCAGAGAGUGUCUGCGACUCUGUGUCCUCGACCUCUCCCACAACAGGCUGAGUGACCCCGAGAUCCUGAGUGUGCUUGAGAGCAUGCCCUGUCUGCGUGUGCUGAACCUGAUGGGAAACCCAGUGACCAAACACAUCCCUAACUACCGCAGGACGAUCACUGUUCGUCUGAAGCAGUUGACCUAUCUGGAUGACAGACCAGUUUUCCCCAAGGACAGGGCGUGUGCAGAGGCCUGGGCCAGAGGGGGGUAUGCUGCUGAAAAGGAAGAGCGUCGCCAGUGGGAGAGCAAGGAACACAAGAAGAUAACAGACAGCCUGGAAGCCUUGGCCAUGAUUAAGCGGCGGGCUGAGGAACGGAAGAAGGCAAGAGACAGAGGGGAGACACCCCUGCCGGACAGUGAGGAGAGUAUCCCCACCAGCUCAGAGGCGGAGGAAAAGCCACCCAUGGGGGAAACCCAGAAGAAGAUGGAGUUGUUUGUGAAGGAGAGCUUUGAAGCCAAAGAUGAACUGUUUCCAGACAAGACAGGAGAAGAGGAACUGCCUGUGGUGGUGGUGAAUGGGGCGGUGGAAGAUCCAGACCUGUCUGGGAGCCUAGUUCACACCCAGACACCUGUGGUGGUCACUCCUGAAGAGUCCACUUCUCCAGCGGCAGCUACUGAUGAGACCAGAACUGAAGACAUAGAGGUCAUUGUCCUGGAGACCAAGGAGAAGCUUUUCAUCGAUGACCUGCCUGACUUGGAAGAUGUUGAUGGUACGGGCAUGUCUGCAGAAGACCAGACAAAGGAAACAAGCAUCCCGAAAAUCCAGGCCAUUUCUAGCUUGAGUGAUGACAGUGACCCGGAGCUGGAUGAGCUGACCCUCUCUGUGUUUGAGGGCACUCCCAUAGGCACCACAGGCGCCCUCUCACACAUAUUUGCUGUCUCCAAGGACCCCUCAACAGCGGCCAUGGUGCCUUUCACAGACAUAUGUAAGCCAACAGCAACAACAGACUUAGAAACCCAAGGUCAAGACUCUGGCACAGCGUCUUCACAUCCCCUCAUCCAGGAGCUCGAAGAGGAUGAGAUGGCAGGAGAGUCAGACCAGCCACUGCCACCCCAAACCUGUACAAGUGACCCCGCCCUUGCCCAGUCUAGUGAAGAUGGAGACAGCCAGCUGCCUACAGCCACUCCGCUAGGAGAUGGAGCCGAGAAUGAAACACUGUCUUCGGUGCACCUGGAGGAGCCCAGCACCCGGGUACGCCUGGAAGAUAUUGAAUUUGGCUUGGAUUGAACCCCAAGGCAGUCUACACUGUUAGGCUAGCGGUGGUAUAGCAGAUGUAGGGCACCCUUUCCCGUGUAUCAUUGCUGGUGUGCUCUGGCAGCCUGCAUGGCAGGUGCUAUGCAGCUACGCCAGUGUGCCUUGUACCCAACACAUCGGUUUCCCCUGGUUACAGAUGCCACAAGAACAUAAACACUUUAAGACCCA